CUCAUAUGCUGCACAUGCGCAGUACCGUCAUAACGACAUGACGAACGGUUAUGUUUUCACUAGCAACCGUCACUCUGGACUGAAUAAAGUCGUUGUAAAAGGUUGAAAUAUGUCCACUCUGCUUGAUGAGACAGCAGCAGAUGUGCCGGUCAGAGACCUCACAGUGACCCUGUCCCGGAUUGCAGCUGGUCCACAAGAUCCAUCAGUCUUUCAAAAUGCUCGGACGCGACAGGACAUCUCGCGGGUGUCCAGGGAGGAGCUGGAGGACCGGUUCCUGCGCCUCCAUGAGGAGACGCUGCACCUCAAAGGACACAUUCACAAACAGGACGACAAGAUCAAGAAGCUGGCCACAAAGCUGAUGAGGCUGGUGAAGGACCGAGGUCGUAUGGAGCAGCUGGCGGUGGGGGGAGGCCAGCCGGUCUCCAGGGUGCGUGACGUGGAGAUGGAGGAGAUGAUAGAGGAGCUCCAUGAGAAAGUCCGGGGUCUGCAGGCCGAGAACGAGGGACUGAAACAGCGCCUCCUCGUGGCCAAGCAGCAGCUCAUCAACUCUCAGAGCAGGAGGCCGACGCCGUACGGCCACGUCCAGUCACGGGUUAGCUCUGGCUUGAAGAAGCUGCGAGAUGACGCGUCCUCUCCCUCCCAAACACGACCAAAAAGUACCAGGAGUUUGGAGGGAGGUGGGAGACCCCCGACCGGCCUCUUACCUCGAUUCGGACACAGCCUGCUGGAGGAGGCGAGGGCCGAGAUCCGCAACCUAGAGAACGUGAUCGAGCUCCAGCGGAGCCACAUGGAGGAGAUGGAGGGAGUCUCGGAGCAGCUGAGGGACGAACUGAGGAAGAAGGAGGCAGAAUAUCAGGAGAGGCUUCUGCAGGUCCGACAGCAACAGACCUCCAAACUGAGGUCACACGUCAACAACAACGUGACGAUGAUCAAACUGCAGAAGCAGCUGGCCGACAGGUCCAACGGCGUCACAGAGCUGGAGGGACGAUUUCUACAACUACAAGAGAGUCAGAGGACGCUGAAGGUCAGUCUCAAUGCAGCGAUGACGAAGGUGGACGAGCUGUCCGGUCAGCUGAAAGACGAGAGGCUGAAGAGCCUGGACCUGGAGCAACGGCUGCAGAGUUCCACCAUAUCCAAGAUCAGGGCAGAGCAGUUGCAGGAGCGGAUCAGUGAACUGGAGCAGGAGAGGGACCAGCUGAAGGAGAACAAUGAGAAACUGGUCAACAGCGCCUUCGACGUGUCUCAGGAACAGAAGUGGCAGAUUCAGGAGCAGCAGCUGAAGUUACAGAUCGCCCAGCUGGAGACGGCGCUGCAGGCCGACCUCGUCGACAAAAACGAAAUCCUCGACAAAAUCAAGGCUGAGCGAGAUACAAGUGAGAAGCUGACGGAGGAAAAUAAGAAACUUCAUAUCCAGUUUCUGGAACAGAAGCAGCAGCUGGAGGAGCUCCGUGACCGUCUGAAAUUCUACAGCAGGGAGAGUGAGUACGACGUGGCCGAACUCACCGAGGCGCUGCUGCUCAUUAAGACGCGUAACUCCCAGAAGAGUGGAGAUCUGGGCUUCCUGAAAGAGGUGGAGGAGGGAGCGAGCGGCAACACUGCGAGCGCCGUCCGAGAGCUACGAGCCGCUCACGCUGAAACCAUCCAGGAGCUGGAGAAGACCAGAAACCUCCUCAGCGUGGAGAGCAAGAUCUGCAAAGACUACAAGGCGGAGCUGGAGGCCGUGUUGAGGAAGAUGGACGCCGACAGAGUCGAGUACGAGCAGAAGCUGGGACGACAGGCCCAACUGCUGGACACCAGGGCGGCGAAGAUCAAGAAACUGGAAGCUCAGCUCAGAGACAUCGCCUACGGCAACAAAACCUACGUCCUCAAACCAGACAUCACAGACGAAGACGAGACAGAUGAGUUGGAUGAAACUCUUCAGCUGGAGCGAGGAGAGAACCUUCUUGAACUUCAGAUAGUCGGCGCCACGCUCUCUCCGUCCGCCCUGGACGCUCUGGGCGACUCUGAACCCUCCACCUUCUGUACCUACUCGUUCUAUUUCUUUGAGCUGCACUCCACUCCGGUGGCGACGGGCCAGAAACCAAAAUAUGGGUUCACAUCUAAGUACGUGGUGAGCAUGGACGACCGGUUCCUGGACUAUCUCCGCAGGUGCUCUGUGACUGUGGAGCUGCAUCAGGCCCUGGGUUUGGACUGGAGGACAGUGGCGACCGCGCAGCUUCGGCUGCAGCAGCUGCUCGAGCACGACGGAAGAGUUCAUGGCAGCAUGCCGCUGGUCGGUACAUCUGAUUCAGCGUGGUCCUUUGGCUCCGUGGAUUACUGGCUGAGGCUGAAGAUCCCCAUGACAGAGACCCUCCGUCUGUUUAAAGAGAAGGUGAAGGCCGUCGGCUACGUCAACACCACACUGAGAGAAGACACACAGCCGCAGCCACCCAGCGGCAGUCUGAACGAACUCUACGUCACCGUCCAACGCUGCCGAGACCUGCAGCCCAGAACCUCCCGGCUACCGAGCCCCUACGUGGUCUACAAAGUCUUUGACUUCCCCGACCACCCGACCGCCACCGUCCACGACUCCUGCGACCCCGACUUCGAUGACCUCAAGUCCUACUCCGUCCUGAUGGGUGUAGAUCUGGACCGGUACCUGAGGUCUGAGGUCCUUCGGUUCUACGUGUUCGACUACAAAGAGGAGCAGAUGGACACGUACCUGGGGAAGGCCCGGGUACCUCUGCUGUCACUGGCCCAGGACAAGGGGAUCACAGGUGAGGUGUUACUGUGCCAGGCCUCAGCGUCAGGGCUCCUGCUCCAGGGGCCAUGUUACAGGAAGUCCCUAUCUUAA